AUUUGACCGUUUAUAUAUUUUUAUUAUAUAAUUUGUAAAAAAUACUUUUGAGAAUGUGUGGAUAAACAAUCUGUAUUUAGACACGAAAACGUGCUCUAAGACGUGCAUAGCAAUCAUACAAUAUUUGCAUACCAUUUCUUUACAAAAUCAGGAAAAGUUUCAAAUUUUGGAAUAUGAGUUUUUUUUUGUUUUCAACUACACCGUCGUGCCUUUGAUAGAAAUCAUAAACCACAAUGCACAGGAAAUAGAAUCCUUCCCCAGUUUUCUCAUCUAUGUUUACAGCUCUCUCAAUCUUCUGGGAUAAUCAAAAAUCAAGAACCCGAAAUGGCGGCACCAAAGCUGGAAUCUUUCAGGCGGGGUAGCAUGUUCGACGGAUCUUUCAGGCGAAGUAGUAUGUUCGAUGGUUCGUUUAGGCAAAGCAUAAGGGAUAGGCUUAUCCCACAACAAACCAGAGGCUAUUCCUAUGUCAAUGUCAACGACGACAGUGCUUCCGUCCAUUGCUGCUCCUACAGGUACUUUUCUGACAAGAUUACUGGGCUUGUGAAGAUAUCACAAGAUGUUUUGGUUACGGCAUGGAAGAUGGGAACAUCUGACCCGAGGAAGAUCAUAUUCUCGGCGAAGAUGGGUUUGGCUCUGACACUUACAUCUAUCCUCAUAUUCUUUAAGAUCCCAGGAUUAGAGCUCAGCAGCCACUAUCUCUGGGCAAUUCUCACAGUAGUUGUUAUCUUCGAGUUCAGUAUAGGAGCCACCUUUAGCAAAGGAUGUAACAGGGGCCUAGGAACAUUAUCUGCAGGAGGAUUGGCACUUGGCAUGGCUUGGAUAUCUGAGAAGACUGGAGAUUGGGCAGAGAUUUUUAAUGCUGCUAGCAUCUUUGUAGUAGCCUUUUUUGCCACUUAUGCAAAGCUAUAUCCAACGAUGAAGCCGUAUGAGUACGGAUUCCGGGUGUUCUUGCUGACUUAUUGCUAUGUAAUAGUGUCAGGCUACAAAACAGGGGAAUUCAUGGAAACUGCUGUUUCAAGGUUCCUUCUGAUAGCUCUUGGUGCCUGUGUUGGCCUCAUUGUGAAUACUUGCAUUUAUCCCAUAUGGGCUGGCGAGGAUCUCCAUAACUUGGUCGCCAAGAACUUUCUGAAUGUAGCGACUUCUUUGGAAGGUUGUGUGAACGCAUAUCUUGAUUGUGUAGCAUAUGAUACGAUCCCAUCUAGGAUUCUUGUCUAUGCAGCUGUCACGGAAGACCCAGUGUACAGUGGUUACAGAUCAGCCGUUCAAUCUACAAGCCAAGAGGAUACUCUGAUGGGUUUUGCAUCAUGGGAGCCACCACACGGUCCAUACAGAUCCUUUAGAUAUCCAUGGGCAAUGUAUGUGAAAGUAGGUGGUGCACUGAGGCAUUGUGCUUUCAUGGUCAUGGCAUUACAUGGCUGCAUUCUCUCAGAGAUUCAGGCUGCAGAGGAUAGAAGACAAGAGUUUCGUAAUGAGCUUCAAAGAGUGGGCAUUGAAGGAGCAAAAGUACUCAGAUUCAUUGGGGAAAAACUAAAGAAGAUGGAGAGACUAAACCCAAUAGAAGACAUACUCCACGAAAUUCACCAAGCAGCCGAAGAACUACAGAGCAAAAUCGACAAGAAAUCUUACCUUCUCGUGAACGCCAGGAAUUGGGAAAUCGGUAAUCGGUAUAGAGGGGAUUCGAGUGAUGAACACAAAAUCUCGCACCUUGACGCUGAUCUAAGCCGGAUCCUUGCUCAUAAAUCCCAGAGUGAAGCCACGCUUCGUCCACCAACGAAUUGGGAUGCUGUAACAACUGCAAAGAACUUGAAUUCGGCAACGAUGUACCCUCACCAGCAAUCAAGGACGACGAUACAGAAACAGCCGUCGUGGCCCAGCCGGAUCUCUAUUACGCCGGGAAGUAUGUUCCAGCCACCACUGGAGGAGGCGUCGAUGAUGUACGAGAGCGCGAGUAAUCUGUCUCUAGCUACAUUCGCUUCGUUAUUGAUCGAAUUCGUAGCGAGGCUUGAGAAUCUUGUCAACGCGUACGAUGAGCUGAGUAUGAAAGCUAAUUUCAAAGAAGCAGCUGCUGAGUGAAGACGACAAUGCAUCGGAUUUGUUAGUUUCCCUUUAUUGUUUUGUGUUAAUUAUUUUAUACCCAGAUCUUGUAACAAAGAUGUCGUUGUAGUAUAGUGGUAAGUAUUCCCGCCUGUCACGCGGGUGACCCGGGUUCGAUCCCCGGCAGCGGCGAUUAAUUUUUUUUGUCCUUUUAUUUUAUUUUUGCGCCCCUGAACUUGGGGGUCUUUUAAAUUCUAGUCCCUUCAUUUUAGUU